AUAAUGAACCUACAACCUCCGCCACCGUUUCUGGCUGUACCUGGUAAGCCACUUAUUCCCUGGCCGGAAUGGCAUCUACUAUUCGAUACGUACUUGGAAGCCUCUGGAGGAACGCGUUUCGGAGACGCCAGGAAGACAGCCGUCCUGCUGAAUUGCCUAGGGGUAGAAGGGCAGCGGAUCUUCCGUUCUCUACCCGAGGUGGUUCGCCCGUAUGCACUACCGGAAACUUCAACGUCUGAAGGCUCAACUUCGAGUCACAGUUCCUACGCCACAGCGGUAAGCAAGUUGACCAGCUACUUCACACCGACAGUUAACAAAACAGUCGAACGCUACAAAUUUCGGCAAAGAAGCCAGCUUCCUGGUGAAAAUAUUGAAGAGUACGUAACAGCAUUACGUGCUUUAGUGUCUACAUGCAGAUUCAACGAUCUCACAGAAGAAAUGAUAUGUGAUCAACUAGUUGAGAAAGUUGCGGCAAAGCAAGUUCGUGAUCGCCUACUGUUGGAGCCGGACCUUACGCUCAAUACCGCUAUCACUAUAGCGUGUCAAGUAGAACAAGCUAUGCGGGAAUCUCGCAUCUUUUCAGCCACCUUGCCUGACCAGAUUGAAGUAGCAGCGAUUAGCAAGCAAAGACAAGUGAAGAAAGUUAAAAACGCUAAGCAUACAUGUUACAGAUGUGGUUCUACUAAUCAUCUAGCGAAUAAUCCCCUAUGUCCGGCAAAGGACAAUCUCUGCAAAAAGUGCAACAAGAAGGGACACUUCGCGUCCGUCUGCAAGAGCGCCCGUCCUACGAAAGAAGCUAAGAACAUAGCGGAAGCACAAGUUCUCACAACGGGUCCGACAGAGCCUAUAUACUGCGAGAUCCGAGUGGAGGGCACUCCUAUACGUCUCCUAGUUGACACGGGCUCGUCGGUAUCCAUCAUUCCGAACUCAUUAUUUCAGGCCAAUUUCAAGCACAUAGCAUUACGCAACAGUCUGACGCAACUCACUGACUAUUCUCGAAAACCCAUACCAGUACUGGGAGUCUUCACUGCGAAGGUUGCUUUUGGUGAAAGACAAACAACAGGACACUUUCACGUUGUGAGACAAGAAUCAGCAGUUCUGGGCCUCGAUUUACUACAAGCGUUAGACAUUUCUCUCGAAAUUGCAACACGAGAAUGUCACCAAGUACAAGCUAUGAAUGCAGAUACUGUACCUCAGUACGCUCUCAAAUUUCCGGCCCUAUUUUCAAGUAGACUGGGAAUGGUAAAAGGGUUUGUGCUCAAGAUCAAAGUAAAGCCCUCAGUCACUCCCGUGCAACAGAAGCUUCGUCAUUUACCUAUUGCAAUUAGACACAAAGUGUCAACGGAAUUACAAAGGCUAGAAGAAGCGGGUGUCAUUGAAAGGAUUGACGCCUCUGAAUGGGUAUCUCCGGUAGUGGUCGCUUGGCGCAAAACUGGAGAGAUUCGCCUAUGUGUGGACCUCCGCCGUCCGAAAGAAGCCGUCGUCAUCGAUUCCCAUCCACUCCCUCACCCGGAAGAAAUUUUUCAUCAACUUUCUGGAGCAAGGGCCUUCUCCAAGUUGGACCUGUCCUCCGCUUAUCACCAGCUGCCCUUGGCAGAAGAGAGUAGAAACCUCACAGCCUUUAUAACCCACGAAGGUUUGUUUCGCUACACACGAGUGUGCUUUAGUCUCUCUUCAGCAGCUGCGGCCUUCCAGAAGAUGAUGAUGUGCGUACUCAAGGACUGCGCAGGCACGCUGAACUAUUUAGAUGAUGUUCUCGUUUUUGGGACAACACAGGAGCAGCACGACCGAAAUCUGGACCAAGUAUUGUCAAGACUGAUGAGUUGCGGGCUAACGCUGAACCUGAAGAAGUGCGUAUUCUCAGUCCAGUCAAUCAAGUUUCUGGGACAUACAGUCUCUGACAAGGGUAUUCACCCAGACGAAGACACGAUGCAGGCCAUCAUGGAUGCACCCCACCCUACGAACGUGACAGCAUUGAGGUCCUUCUUGGGUCUCGCUUCGUAUUAUCUCAAGUUUGUGCCACAUUUCGCGACACUCACUGAACCUUUACGAUCCCUGCUUGCUACGAACAGCAAAAAUCGUUUGACAAGUUGA